AUGGCCGACCGCAGACCCAAGAAAGCCAAGAUCUGUCUCUGCAUGUUUCUAUGUCUUCUGGUGGGGGUGGUCAUCGCGGUGGUGGUCGGAGUCCGGAUGUGGCGCCGCUCGUCCGAGCACAUGAAGUGGAAUGGGACAGGCACCACUGCCCAUUUUCAAGAAAUCAUCCUGGAGCGAUGCUACAACUACAUGCAGUUGGUGCAGCCGGAGUUCAGAGAUGGAGACUGCCAAAAGAUCAGGGAGGCAUUCAGGAAUGCAUUUAUCUCUAAGGACCCCUGCAGUGCGACAGAGGAAGACUACCACCCACUGAUGCAGCUGGUGAAUCAAACUGUGCCUUGUGACAAGACAGUCUUUUGGAGCAAAUCAAAGGAGUUGGCGCAUCAGUACACGAAGGUCCAGCGAGAGAUGUUCACCCUGGAAGACACACUGCUGGGUUACAUUGCAGAUGACCUUAGCUGGUGUGGAGAUGCAGGCUCUUAUGAAAUGAACUAUCAAUCUUGUCCACACUGGAAGAAAGACUGCAGGAACAACUUUGUUUCUGUAUUCUGGGACUUGCUGUCCAAAAGGUUUGCAGAAAAUGCCUGUGGUGUGGUCCAGGUGGUGCUCAAUGGAUCCAUCAGUAACGCCUUUAAUAGAAACAGCACUUUUGGACGUGUGGAAGUCCAUAACUUGAAUCCAAUGAAGGUUCAUAUGCUACAGGCUUGGGUGAUCCAUGACCUUGGAAAAUUUCCCAGUGACUCAUGCUCGGGUUCCUCCAUAAAUGAUCUGAGAUGGAUUAUAAAGCAAAGGAAUAUCAAAUUUACUUGCCAGGAUAACUACAGCUCUGUCAAGUUUCUUCAGUGUGUGAAAAAGCCUGAGGAUUCAUCUUGCAGAUGA